AUGCCGCUGGACGGCGUCAAAAAUAUACUCCUGGUCCUUUCUGGGAAAGGCGGAGUUGGAAAGUCAUCAGUCACACUCCAACUUGCGCUCUCUCUUACACUCCAAGGCCGGUCAGUUUGCAUAUUGGAUAUCGACCUUACAGGGCCUUCGAUGCCACGGCUAGUAGGCAAGGAGAAUGCGAAAAUAGUACAAGCUUCAGGCGGUUGGAUUCCCGUUAGUGUAUAUCCUGCUUCAGGCCCGACCAAAAGCACCGCUACAUCUACACCUACAUCUUCAACAGACAAACAAGGAGAGGAGACAGAAGACAAUAAAUCUCGCCCCCAUGGAUCCCUACGGUGCAUGUCUCUUGGCUUUUUACUACGAGACCGGGGCGAUGCAGUGAUAUGGAGAGGUCCGAAGAAAACAGCCAUGAUCCGCCAGUUUCUAUCAGAUGUCAUAUGGGGAGAGACAGAUUAUCUGUUGAUAGACACACCACCGGGAACAAGUGAUGAACAUAUCGCAAUUGCCGAACAACUACUAAGUCAAGCGACCACGUCUCCCGUCCUGGGAUCAACGCAGCCGCGCCUUGCCGGUGCUGUACUAGUCACUACUCCUCAAGCAGUAGCUAUAUCCGACGUCCGAAAGGGUGUCAACUUCUGUGCAAAGACGAAUAUUCCUGUUCUUGGCGUGGUAGAGAAUAUGUCCGGGUAUACAUGUCCUUGCUGUGGUGAGGUGAGCAAUGUAUUCUCAAAGGGCGGGGGAAAGGUGAUGGCUGAGGAUAUGGGUAUACGAUUUCUGGGGGCUGUUCCGAUCGAUGUGAGUUUCGGGGAGAUGGUUGAGGGCGCUCGUUCGGGCAUCAGUGAGAAAAAAGACGAGAAUGAAGCAGAGAUGAAUGGUAGUUCUUCCCAGGAAAGCUCGUUGGUUGAAAGAUAUCAAAAGUGCUGGUCCCAGUCGACUUUCGAAACAUUUGCAAAAGAGGUGAUUCAACUAGUGGAGGUAGCUUGA